AGGAAGUUCGGUGCUGUGUGCGUUGAGGAGAGAGUUGCUACUCUUACUGUGAUUGUCUACGACGACCUCGGAGUUUUCAAUCUGUCCAGCCUUAAGACCCCCUCGUGCCUACCGCUACCGUUGCCAUGUCUUGAUAAGCGACUCAUCAUGCGUCGGAUCAGUUCGAACCCGUCCGCCACGCGGAGCGACUCCGCGCGAUCGCUGUCUCUGGACCAGAAUGAGGAAGAGCGGAACCAGCACCGGGCCUUGUAUCCUCUGUCAAAGCCGCGUACUACGCGUUCCAGAGUGAAGAACAUGGGAUGAAUAAGCCUGCUAGACAAGUGCUGCACUUCAUUUGUUGCGAAUUCUUGCGGCGCAUCAGGACUUUUGUAUGGGUAUGUAUCAUUACAGAGCGGGCCAGCGUGCACCACACUCGCACGACGAGAAAGCCAUCUGGUGCUUUUUAGCGCGAUUAGAGCAUGAUAACUACAACUACAUUUUUUCGAAUUAUUAUCGAGCGAAAACGCUUCCCGUCUGGUUUUUCUCAAGGGGGCGCAUGACGGUAAGGACACAUGUUCCUUCAAAUGCAAAUCUGCAUGAGAAGCACUCGGGGGUCGUGGGUGCUGCGUUUUGCUUCCAGGCGAUACCUUGGCACUUUCCUUCAUCACGCCACAGCAGGAAGCGCAGUUUCUCGUCGGAGACGGCGUGGUGUGUGGGAUUUCCCAGGGGUUGAGAGCGCUGCUUGCCGCGACGAGUACCGGAGCUGCGGGGCCGGGCAACGGGAGCAGUUUAACAGCUGGAGGACCGCGGCAGGUUGUGGACGCGGCUAGUACUGGCUGCACUAGUGAAGAUUAUGUUGCCGCCGUCUCUCCGGCGACGAUCUUGACCUGUAGGAAAUGCAAAGAUUAUAGAAUAUCUGGGUCCUCGCAGGUGGGAGACCUGGAAUGCACAUGGUACAAGCACUUCUUGUAGUUCUACACGAACUGGGCAGAAGGAGGCCUCUCGAUGCCUAAUAAGUACAACCCCUUUAUCCGACUAUAAAUCGCCCCUUUACUUCUACUUCUUGGUAAAAAUAAGUGGGCGGCGAAGAAGAUCGUUGUUCUUGCAAACACAGACUUUUGUCUACUUUGUGCGUACCCGACUGCGUAGUACCAUCAGAGGCAAGUUUGCAUCCUUUUCCAGACCUAGAUAUGUAUGCAAUGUGCAUAAUAUCGGUCGUUGACCAAUCCUUCUGGACGGUGUUCGAACCGGUGGAGUUUGUAUGACAGUGCACAACUCCCCCUCUCAUUUGUAUAGCAUUCUCGGCAAUACAAGCAUCAGCAAGAUUGCCGGUCUUGCAUGACAAAGGUUCUGACCCUAGAUCUCCUGCGUCCGUAGCUGCUUGCGGCGACGGUGCAAAGGUUUUUGAUGUGGUGCAGUCGGGUAUGCAUGACAAAUUUGCACUGGAUUGUAGUGCUAUUUGGGCUAGUGCCAGAAUUUGUCAUGCCAACAGUGCCAAGAGGCAAAGGGUGGAUUGGGUAUUUUGCAUGACAAAUGAGGGGGAGGGGGAGUUGUGCACUGUCAUAGUUUGCGCCGUGGGUGCAGAACCCUCGGGAGGCCAAGUCUCGGCUGCAGCAGACGAUGAACGACAAUCGGGGCUGCAUGAAAUGGGUGUCCACCAUGCGGAUCGCGAAGGCCAACCAGUCGUGGUGCAUCGUCCGCGCGCGGUCGGUCUGGAUGGGGGGGUGCCGCUACGUGAUCGUGUCGCUGCACAAGAUUCCGGAGACGCGGCUCGACGUGGCGCAGACCCUGUGUCAGGAGGAGGUUUUGACCAAGGGAGUGGUCACGGACUAUCAAAAGGAAAAAUCCCCCCUCCCCGUAUUGAAAGCGCAUUUGUGAUGCAGAUUUGUGACCACAAAUGAAAUCCUGGCUGUCUUGCAAGAAUGCAAAUCCAGAGCGUCCGCCGAAUUAUGCGGGCGGUUUGUGAUGCUUUUGGGCUUACAGUGUCGACUGUUGUCAUGCUAGGGGCCUACAUCAAGACCUCUCUGCUCAGGCUUGGCAUAUGCCUGCAGUCCUCUACCGCAAGACAAGUCUGACCUGUGUACGGAGGUCCAGCAUUAGAAAUCCAAACUUUGUUUUGAUAUGGGAGUGAGGGAUCUUUCCUCACAAUACGGACGCCGACCUAGAGGAGUGGAUGGCCGAGUUGGAGAAGCAGCGGGAACUACCGGAGCUGAAGCCCUUGAUUCCCCUGCAUCUUCAACCGGCACUAGUACCGGACGACCCCGCCACCGCCACCGCGCCGAAGGACCGGGAUGUUCAUUUAUUUCCCCCUCGCGCCGCGGGGGCUGGGUCUGCUACCCCGGUGAACCAGAGUUUUCCCGAUCCGUCUGCCACGUCGCCGACGCAAAUGGCAAAUAGU